AUGUAUACACCAUCACUAAAUUUCUAUAUUGAAGAGUUGAUAAAUAAAGAUAAAUUAUUUCAAGAAGAGCUUGAUAUCAUUACAGAAAAUGCAAAAUUCAAUUUAUCCAAUUCUAAACAACAAUGGCAAGAUAUGCUUUCCGCUGAUAGAGCAAAUUUGAAAAGGAUUUAUGAAGAAUAUCAACUAUAUGAAAAAAAGAAAAAGGAAAUAUCUGAAAAAUCCAAGGAGGAAAAGAGGAUUCAAUCAGAAGUCAAAGAAUUAGAAAAUCGUAAAAAUUUAUUAAAUAAUCAUAAAAAUAUAUUAGUAAAAAAAGUUGAAAGUAUUAGGAAAAAAGUUCAAAAACAAAAGGAUGCUUUAUCAGUAAAAAAGAAAAAAUUGGAGGAAAAUUUUGCAAAAAAUGAACCAGAAUUAGAAUUGUAUAAGAAUAAAUUGGCAAUUGAUGUUAAAGGUUUACAAGGUUCACCAGAUGAUUUAGUCAUUUUUGAAUUUUCAUGUAUUUAUAAGAAUGAACCUUCCCGUACUUGUCAUUUUAUUUUAAAUGUUACUGAUGAUGAUUAUAAAGUGUUGAAUUGUAGUCCAAUGGUAAAGGGGUUGAAUGAAAGUUUGAUGAAGUUAAAUAAAACACGUGAUCUUGUAAAAUUUGUUAAAGAGAUGAGGAAGGCUUUUUCUGAUCAUGCAAAGACUGCAGUUGAACCCUGA